AUGGCAGAUGAUAUCGACAGAGAAAUUGAAAACUCAAAGGAGUCGGAAAAAGAACGAAAUAGAGACUGGGCUAGCCUUCCAACUGAUCUUCUUUGUUUGAUGCUUCCUCAUCUCUUUCUUGGUGAUAUCAAGCGGUUUCAUAACGUCUGUAGAUCAUGGCAAUUGACUACAACUCCAUCGGUACAAUCUCCGGUGCUUAUGUCUAUUGGGAAUGAUAACACGAGAUGCAAAUUCUUCCACCCACUCUACAAGAGCCCUUACAGCAUAUACAUUCCUGAAUUAUUCUAUGCAGUACCAAGAUUUUGUAAAGAUGGUUGGCUGCUUAUGUCUAGAGGCGAGCACUCAAUGUUCUUCUUUAAUCCAUUCACAAAGGCAUUGAUUAACUUGCCUGAUUUACGUGAAAAGUACAAUUUUCAAGGGAUAACAUUCACAUCUUCUCCGACAUUGUCCGACUGCAUGAUUUUUGGCAUUAAUGUCUACUUUGAUGAGUGGUUUUCGAUAUCAACCAUUUGCCGCGGAGAAGAAAGUUGGCAGCAAUUGUGUGGUGAAAAUAACUCGCCCUUUUUCAUCUCUGACUGUAAUCCAGUCUUUCACCAUGGAGAGUUCUAUUGUUUGGGUCAACAUGGGAAUCUGGGAGUCUUCAAUCCUGAUGAAAACUAUUGGAGAGUCCUUGACAAGCCUCAUAGGCAGCCUGAGCCACCCGAUCCCCUCCUUACACACGAGCGUAACUUUUUGGUGGAAUGCAAUGGGGAGCUACUAUCAGUGUCUAUGAGUUUCAUGGGGAGGUCGAUAUCUGUUUCCAAGUUGGAUAGUGUUGAGAUGACGUGGCAUAAAGUCGACAACUUGGGCGACCAAAUGUUAUUUGCGAGCAACACAUCAUCUCUUUCAGCAAAGAGAGUGGUACAAGGAAUGGAGAACAAGAUUUAUCUUCCCAAAAUCCAUGGAAAAUGCGGGGUGUUCUACUCUCUAGCUAGUCAAUUGUUUCAAACAUUUGGAAAUGAUUUCUCUCGUAAGGAUUGGUACGGGACAGGGGAGCUCUUGAGUUGCUGUUGGAUUGAGCCAAAAGCUGAUACUUCUUAUUCCAAAGAAGAACUCAACUGGUUUGAAGACGCUUAGGUAAAUCUUGGGGUGGAGUAAUUGAACACAAGAACUUCUCCUCAUGGUGUUUAGAUAUUUUCAAGCUGGACUUGUCCAUUUUAGAGUGGGUGAAGGUGGAGAGCCUAGGGGACCGCACGUUCUUCAUCAAUGAAGAUGCCAUCUGCAUCUCGUGCUCCUCCACAAAAUCAGGUACUUUGGGAAACUCAAUUUACUUCAUGCGGCAUGACGAUGAAAGUAUGUACGUAUUCGACGUUGAGGAGAAGUGCAGCUAUUCCCACCAUCCCUGUCCCUAU